AUGAUAAUUCAAAAUACACAGUGUAGUGAUGAAGGAACCUAUUUCUGCUCAGUUACAUAUAUUAAUACUGAAACAGGCAGUUCCAGUUUUAAAAAUAAUUCCACACCUUUGUAUAUUAAAGUUCCUCCUAAGUCGCCAUCCUUUGCAAGUGGAGCAUCACAGAAUGGAGUCCCUGAGGGAUCAUUAGCAAAUAUCACAUGUAAUGCUAAUUGGGGUCGACCAGGCAAAGGAUCAAUACAGUGGAAGUAUUACAGUAAUGGAGUGGAGGUUACCGCAUCCAUUAACCCACAAGUCACUACUAAGUCUGUGAGCCUGCAGUCAGGUGAUGACCCUUGUACAGAACGCUGGGAGAGUAGGACAAGUCUAGUCGCCAACAGAACCUUUCAGAACCUAAGCCUGGCCUGCUAUGUUGUGAACACAGACUUCCCAGUGACACAACCUGAUUGUACCAGUGUUAACUUCUGCAGUCAGACAGAUCCCAUCUCCAUACUGUAUGGCGUAUCUGACAUUACUGUCAACAGUGCUCCACAGUCUAUGAGCUAUGAAGGUGGUACAACAACACUCACCUGUUAUGCUGAUGGUAAUCCUAAACCCAGCUACACCUGGACUAAAGAGGAUGACGUCAACAGGACAUUAACUGGCAUACAGGAUGGAGAUGUCUCUAAACUUGUUCUGACUAAUCUUAGACUUGACCAGGAUGAUGGUACAUACAAUUGUACAGCCUCAAAUGUUGUAUUGGGAGUCUCGUAUUCGACAAGCCGUGAGGUCAAUGUCAAUGUUGUGGCUACAACCACAACCAAGGCUACAACAAAGACAUCAACAACUGCAAGAACUUCCACAAGUGUCACCACAGCCCCUGGGGGGGCAAGUCCUGAGUCUCAGUCAGCUGAUAACAGCCAGACCAACACAAUCAUUAUUGCUGUGUGUGUGAGUGUUGGGUGUGUCAUCAUCAUUGUACUGAUUAUAGUGGGAGUGGUCUGCUGGAGGAAGCGACAACCUAAGAAAACUAUUGAAGAACCUCCAGAGAAACCAUAUAACAACCACACCAACCUGAGUUUCCAGCAUGCACAGCCAGACCUGGUGGCUGAUGAAAAGAAGUUCAACAACCCAAGUCUCAACAGUUCUUUUGACCAGAAACAUGAAGAUGGCCUGCUGUACGCUGACUUAACAUACGACAACCGCCCCAGGAGCCGUAAGCCAAUGGCCAUCACAGAGACCUCGUCUGAUUACUCGUCAGAUAUCCAGAUGCCACAGGUGUAAUCACAGACAGGUCAGCCAUGCAAUAGAUCUGAGGUUUUCAUUUUGAGAACUUAUUGGUUGUGAAAAGUUAGCGUUGUUUUUUUUUACAUAUACAUAUUUAUGAUCAUUUAAUUUUUUAAAAUGGUUGUGUAGUUACUGUUAUUAAGGUAAAGUUUGUUACCUGUGUUAGUGAUGUCUACAGGUUGUGGAUAUUUCAACUCUGUUUAGUGGAAGUUCAUAUCAGUAACUACUGUAAAAAGGUUUUUUUUUAACUAAUUUUAUCAUAUCACGACUAACAGAGCUUAGUUAACACUAAUUAAUUAAUCUAAUGUCAAUACCAAUUUAACAAGAGCUAGUUCUAAUUAUUUUAAUUUCUUUGCAAUAAUUUAAUAAAUGUCACUUGAGUAAUUAAUUACAUAUUGAAGAUUGCUAUUUUUAACCAAAUCUUACUGAUAAAAUGGUUGUAAAUAUUUUUAUUUGUAAUUUUAUUUUACAUUUGAAAAUGCUAGGAAGUAUUUGAUGGAAAGAAACAUAAUAUGAUUUUUAAAUUUUCUUUUUGCUUUAACUGAAGCUCAAACUGAACUAUCAACCGUUAUGUUAUGCAAAGUCCCUGUAUGUUUAAAUUUUUUCACUCUUGUUGUCACAAUAAAUCAACCUCAUUUUCAACAAGCUGAAACAAUACUGUCUCCUUUAGAGGAGAUCAGUUAUAGUAAUGAAUUGCUGACCUUCAGUGUAGACCACUGUAUGGUCUGCCAUCUUGUCAGUUAAAACACUACUACUAGUUGUUUUUUUUAUGAAACUGAACUUUCUUCUAUACAACUUAUACAAAAAUAUAUUAUAUAAAUGCAUAAGAAUAAUUUGCUUUAAAAUGUUAAAAUGUAUUAUUUAUAUUAUACUUUGUUCAUGGAUGAAGGUUUCCUUACAAAAAUAUAAAUGAUGUUUGUGUUGAUUUAUUUUUGUUACAAACAGUGAAUACCUAGUCUUGAUUCAUUUUUCUUUUGUAUUGCAUUCCAUCUACUUCAGAUGAGAUCAUUUUUGUAUAGUAAAAAUUUAAAACAUUAGGGCUCUAAACAAAAAUUACAGCAUUUCUUAAAUUCUGCACAUAAAUUUUUUAAUUCUAAAUUGUUUUACAUUGAACUGGAUUUGAUUUUGUUUACCAGAUAAUGAUGAAAAACUUAAUGUCAUAGUUUUAUUACAAAUUGUAUGCAGAAUAUUUGUGUAUGUAAUAAAAUUGUAAACAUAGCUAUAAACUGCCUUUAAUAUGGGAAAGUAUAUGCCUAUAAUAUUUCUAAAUUAUAUUACGUUUGUUCUUUGGACAAAUUUCAUCAGUUAUUAUUUAAGUAUUUUUAUAUAAAUGUUAUUUUUAAACAUGCACACAUUUUUGUACCUAAAUACUGACAUAAAAUUAAAGGAACUCCAUAUUGUUGCAUAAACUAAAAUAUUGUGUUACUUUAACAGCAAAGUUAAUGAAUCAAACCAAUAUGUACAAUUGAUGCAGUGUGAAUGAUUGCUUAAAACUGUCAUAGUUUGGUGAGACGUGUGUCCUUGCAAUGGUGCACUUGAUUGAAUACUUGUGUGUGCUUUCAUAUGUUGGAUUGCUUGUAAGUUUAUAAAUGCGUAUUUGUAAAUAUACUGGGAAAAUGAAAAACUAAUUAAAUUAACUAUGAAAUAAAAUUUGUUUAGCAUUUGGUAGUAGCAAUAUUAUCUGUUACUCUUCAUUAAUUCAUAAGAAAAUUUUGAGCAUCAGCCAGUUGAGGUUUAACUUUUGAUUUCAUAGAUGUUUUGUAUAGUCUAUUAAAUCAUACCUGCUGUUGACCAUUAAAGAUUUAACCUAAGUGUGUAAAAGAAAUGUUGAUGUGUCUGGAAUUUACUGUGUAAAAGGAUUGUUAGUGUAUGUGUGGAAAUUUUAAUGAGUGUGUGGAAGUAAGUGUGUUAAAGAAAUGUGUGUGAUGGAUUAAGUGUGUAAAAAAUUUGUUUAUGGGAUUAAGUGUGUAAAAGAAAUUCGUGUGUGAGGGAUGUUCUUGCUUCUGAAGCUCACGUGUGCUGUGCUGAACUUUGUACUUAAUUUUUUGCUUCACGCUGCCAUGAUAAAUCAUACCUACAACUAAUGCAUGCUGACUAACAUUGCUGACUUUUAUGUUAAAAAAAAAAUUCAUAUUCUACAGAGCAUCUUUUGUUUAUGUAACUUUGUAUACUGUAAAUAUAAGUAACAUGUGAAUAAUGUAUAUAGGAUCGAAAUGGUUUUCUGUGUAGAGUGUAAAACAAGUGCAUAGCCAUUCACCAAACCACUUGUAAAACAUUUUAUCCUGUCAUAUGUUUACAUAAUACAGUAAAGGGCGCAUUAAUAUUUGGAAAAGUUUCAGUUUGUGUUUAACUACUAGUUUGAACCAUACAAGUGUUGUUAAAGAAGUGUAAAAUUUGUCAACACAUUUUUUUAAAAAGAUUAUUUAUAUUGUUAGUAUUUUGAUGUUUGAUAUUUAGAAAAGUAAUUUAGAUUAUAUUGGUAAUGUUUGCAGUGUAGAGCUAAGCUUGGUGUGAAUUAGACAAAUAGAAUAGCAGUGCAGUGUGUUAUAUUUGCUGAAGUAUUUAUUAUCGCAACAUAAAUUUGUGUGCCUGAUGAAUCCAAUGAAUUUUUUUUCCUUAACUACAUUCCCCAUUGCCUGAACCCUCUUCUAAAAUUGGUUAAAAUAUUGAACCCUGUAAGGGGUACCCAGCUUUCUGAACCCUCUUCUAUAACUGGUUAAAAUAUCAAACCCUGUAAGGCGUAAUGUGUGCCUGAUGUUUCCAUCUUUAGUUGUAACCAUCUCCAACAUUCCUAUUAACCAUCUCUUUCAGUGCAAGGCUAAAGAUACCAAAGCAAUUUAAACGUUACUUAUAUUCCAAUGCUUAUACAUUGUUUUUAAAGAUUUCUCUUUAUUCCCAUGUAAAAAAAAAAGUAUUUUAGAAACAAGAAAACUGUUUUCAAAAUGUUUGACACGCCUUAAAACGUCCUACACAUUCCUUUGAUAAUCCUAGCCACUAAUGGUUUACUUUAAUGUGGGGUGGGAGGUAUACUUUUUUUAGAAAACACUUUGUGUUAUAUAUAUAUUUUAUUAAUAAUCUUAUAAAAGGUAUAAUGUUAUUGUUACUUUUAUAACAACCCUUUCAUUAAUUUCUAUUUCUUAAAUUACUCUACAGCCAUGAAUUCUUUGAAAUUGCCAUUUAUAAUUUUAUGCAAUUUGUAAACAAACAAAAAAAGAAAUGUUAAGUGAAGCUCAAAAA